UUUCUAUUAAGCCAUUCCCGUUAUUACGCCAUUCUCAUUCUCGUACCAAACAUUAUUAUUAUUAUUCACAUUCCCACAAUCUUUGCUUGCCUGCUUUGCGUGGAUCACCUGCUUUUCUCACUCUCUCUUCUCCACUCCACUCUACUCUAGAGAGAGAGAGAGAGAAAAAGGGUUUGUGUUUUCCGACAAUGUCCGAAGUUGAAGAAGCCGAUCCUCUCUCCGUUGGUACCCACCACUGUCACGCUAGUACGUCGUCUUCUGGGAAAGUGCCUCCGAGCCCUGCUGAUGGGGUUGUUGUUGCUGCUUCUGAUGAUCAGAUGGAAUCGCGUCCCCAAGCCAAGGAUCCUAGAAAGAUUGCUAGAAAUUAUCAAUUAGAGCUUUGCAAGAAAGCAAUGGAGGAGAACAUAAUUGUGUAUUUAGGGACUGGUUGCGGGAAGACCCACAUAGCUGUGCUGCUUAUGUACGAGUUACGAAAUCAGAUAAAGAAACCCCAGAAUGACAUUUGUGUUUUUCUUGCACCCACCGUGGCUUUGGUUCAACAGCAAGCAAAGGUUAUAGAAGAGUCUGUUGAUUUCAAGGUUGGAAUCUGCUGUGGGAGCACUAAGCAAGCAUAUUGGAAAAAAAAUAUUAAGCAAUAUGAGGUUCUUGUUAUGACUCCUGAUAUUCUACUGCACUGCUUAUCUCACUGUAAUAUCAAGAUGGAUUCCAUUGCACUGCUGAUAUUUGAUGAGUGUCAUCAUGCUCAAAUCAAAAGCAACCAUUCAUAUGCUGGAAUUAUGAGAAGUUUCUAUAAUAAAGAAGCAGAAAAGUGUCCUCGUAUAUUUGGCAUGACGGCAUCUCCAGUUAUUGGGAAAGAUGCUUCCAGUGAAGGAAAUUUACCAAAAAGCAUCAAUAGUCUUGAAGAAUUACUAAAUGCUAAGGUAUAUUCAGUUAAAGAUAACAAAGACCUGGAUAGUUUUGUGGCAUCUGCAAAAGUUAAAGUAUAUCAUUAUGGUCCUACCAAUGGGUUAUCCAACCCUUACAUGGCUUAUAAUAGUAAACUUGAAAGCGUGAAACGUGAGUGCAUAUCAACACUUGGUAGUAAAAUUAAAGACAAUUUUGAAAGUCUGAAGAGCACAAAGAAACUGCUAAAUAGACUACAUGAUAAUAUCAUAUUCUGCUUGAGAAGUCUUGGCGUUUGGGGAGCAUUACAGGCAAUUCGCAUUCUUUUGAAGGGCGAUGAAUCUGAACGGAAUACACUAAUAGAGGCAGAAGAUAAUUAUCGUGAUCAUUCUUCAUGCGAUUUAUAUCUUUCCAAGGCUGCAAAUGUCCUUGAUUCUGACUGUAGGAGAGAUGAUGUUGGAUCUGAUCUAUCUCGCUUGGAGAUAUUGAAAGAGCCAUUUUUCUCAAGCAAGCUUUUAAAACUUAUUGAAAUUCUUUCCUCUGUCAGGGUACAACCAAAUAUGAAAUGUAUAAUUUUUGUUAAUAGGAUUGUCACUGCAAGAUCCUUAGCAUGCAUCCUGCAAAGCCUUGAGUUUUUGGCAUAUUGGAAAAGUAAUUUUCUUGUAGGGGUGAAUGCUGGACUGAAGGGUAUGUCUCGCAAGACCAUGAACAUCAUUCUAGAGAAGUUUCGGGAUGGAGAGUUGAAUCUAUUGAUUGCAACUAAAGUAGGUGAAGAAGGACUUGAUAUUCAGACAUGCUGCCUGGUGAUACGAUUUGAUCUCCCAGAGACUGUUUCUAGCUUUAUACAAUCAAGAGGUCGUGCACGAAUGGCAGAGUCUGAAUAUGCAUUUUUGGUGGACAGGGGUGAUCAGAAAGAGCUAGAUCUGAUAGAAAAUUUCAAACAAGAUGAGCGUCAUAUGAACUGUGAAAUCAGUGUCAGAUCAUCAAAUGAGACGUUUAUUGGAUUAGAAGAAAGAGUAUACAGAGUUGAUUCUUCUGGUGCUUCCAUAAGUUCCAGUUAUAGCAUAUCAUUACUGCACCAAUAUUGUUCAAAACUUCCACAUGAUGAGUAUUUUGACCCAAAACCAAAGUUCUUUUUUCUAGAUGAUCUGGAAGGAACAGUCUGUCAUAUAAUUUUACCUUCCAAUGCUCCAAUACAUGCUAUUUUCAGCGCACCACAAUCCUCAAGAGAAGCUGCUAAGAAGGAUGCUUGUCUCAAAGCAGUUGAAGAGUUGCAUAAAAUGGGUGUAAUUAAUGACUAUCUUCUGCCAAUGCAAAAGAAUGCUAUUUUGGAAGAGUCAUUGCUCGACUCUUCUGAUUCUGACAGCCCUGAGGAUGACAGUGGACAAGUAGAAUUGCAUGAGAUGCUAGUUCCUGCUGUGCUAAAAGAGUCAUGGCAUAGCACAGAGACUCCUUUUUGUUUGCACUCAUACUAUAUUGAGUUUACCCCCAAUCCUGCUGAUAGGAUUUAUAAAAAAUUUGGUUUAUUUGUGAAGGCUAGUCUCCCAGUCGAGGCUGAGACAAUGGAACUUGAGCUUCAAUUGGCUCGUGGGAGGACAGUAAUGACAAAGCUCAUCCCAUCAGGCGUGACAGAAUUUUAUGAAGAUGAGAUUAUUCUGGCAGAGAAAUUUCAAGAAAUGUUUCUCAAGGUCAUUCUUGAUCGCGAGGAAUUUGUUUCUCAAUUUGUUCCAUUGGGAACAAAUGUCUUUUCUAAAUCAGGUUCUCAGACCUUCUACCUGUUGCUCCCAGUAACUUUCCAUGACUAUGAAAAUACACUGAGCAUAGAUUGGAAGAUUAUCAGAAAAUGUUUAUCAUCCCCAGUUUUCAGAAGUCCGGGAGAUACUCUUGAAAAAAAUAUUCUUGCGCCGGAUGUUAGCUUGCAACUUGCUGAUGGUCGCAGAAAAAUAAGUGAUAUUGAGAAUAGUUUUGCUUAUGCUAUUCAUACGAAAAGCUUUUACUUUAUUUCUCACAUUGUGCACGAAAGGAACGGGCACAGCCCAUACACAAAUCAAGAUACUGAAACUUAUAUGGAGCAUUUAGUUGAAAGGUUUGGCAUCACACUUAAAUACCCUGAACAACCUUUUCUGCUUGCUAAACCUCUUUCCUGUCUACACAACUUGCUGUGCAAUCGGAAGAACAAUGAUUCUGUGUCAAGCCACCAAGAUGAGUUCUUAAUGGAUUUUCCUCCUGAGGUUUUUCAGUUGAAGAUUAUAGGCUUUUCUAAAGAUAUUGGAAGUUCAAUUUUUCUGUUACCUUCUUUUAUGCAUCGCUUGGAAAACCUUUUAGUUGCCAUUGAACUGAAGAAUCAGUUAUCUCUUUCAUUCCCUGAGGCAUCUGAAGUUACUUCUCGCAGAGUUCUUGAAGCGCUAACCACAGAGAAAUGCCAGGAGUGUUUUUCUCUUGAGAGGCUUGAAGUACUUGGUGAUGCUUUUCUCAAAUUUGUUGUUGGAAGGAGUGUUUUUAUCUUGCAUGGUACUCUUGAUGAAGGUCAACUUUCAAACAAACGGUCCAACAUAGUAAACAAUUUGAAUUUAUGCAAGCUAGCGUGUAAGAGGAACUUACAGGUGUACAUACGUGAUCAAAAAUUUGACACCAGUGAGUUUUUCGCAUUGGGCCGCCCUUCCCCAACAAUAUGUACCAAGGAAAAGGAGGAAAGUAUCCAUUCUCAAUAUUUGAAUAGCAAUAGCACAGUCAAUAAGACAAAUGCUAUUGAGGUCAGAUGUAGCAAAGGUCACCACUGGUUGCGCAAGAAAACUGUCGCAGAUGUUGUUGAAGCUCUUGUUGGAGCAUUUCUUGUAGACAGUGGCUUUAAGGCUGCAAUUGCAUUUCUUAGAUGGAUUGGCAUACAAGUGGACUUUAGAGCCUCACAAGUUACUGAUAUUUUCCGCGCAAGCGAGAAAUACAGCACACUUGCUGCUGAAAUCAACUCUAAAGCUCUGGAGAGUUCAUUAGGAUACCAGUUUCUCCAUAGGGGUCUUCUUCUACAGGCUUUUAUACAUCCUUCGUACAACAAGCUUGGAGGAGGCUGCUACCAGAGGUUGGAGUUUCUUGGAGAUGCUGUCUUGGAUUAUUUAAUCACAUCCUACCUGUAUUCAGUUUAUCCAGAACUGAAUCCCGGUCAAUUGACAGAUUUGAGAUCAGAGUAUGUGAAUAAUGAAGCCUUUGCAAGUGUUGCAAUUGAACGGUGUCUCCACAAGUUUCUUAUCUGUGACUCCAGCAGCCUUACCCAAGACAUUAAAGUUUAUGUGAACUCAAGAAGUAAAAAUGGGCUAAAAUGCCCUAAGGCUUUAGGUGACGUGGUUGAAUCCUGUGUUGGUGCCAUUCUACUAGACACGGGUUUCGAUUUGAACCGUGUUUGGAGUAUAAUGUUAUCCUUUCUGGAUCGAAUUAUAAGCUUCUCCACUUUGCAGCUUAAUCCUUUAAGGGAAUUGCUAGAACUUUUCCAAUCUUCUUCUGAUCAUGGGGAUAAUCUUUAUACAGUGACAAAGAAAGAUGAUCUUUAUGUAGUUGAAGCAAAAGUGAAGGUCAAAGAUAAUGUCUAUGCAACUGCUUCUGCAACCAACAAGAGCAUGAAGGAAGCAAAGAAAACUGCUGCUGAACAAAUAAUUGCAGAAUUGAAGGCUCAAGGCAUCAUUUCCAAGUCUAGAUCCUUGGAGAAAGUCUUACAAUCAAGCUCUAAGAAGGAAGCUAAGCUCAUUGGAUAUGAUGAAAUACCGAUCCAUGUAACACCAUCCACUGAUUCUGUUAAAGCUGACAAUCUGACUAUAGAAGAACCCGUAAUCUUCAAGUUUGUUUCCGAAGAUCGUUCCAAUAAUGAACUGAAAACUAACUCAAUAUGCAAGGGUCCUAACAAAAAACUCCCCCUAACUAAUGGCCAGGCUAGUAAUACUGAUGACUUAGACACUGACUCACAGACUUCAGGUGGUUCACAGAGUGAAAAAGCGGCAACAGCAAGAUCCCGAUUGUAUGAGGUUUGCGCUGCUAAUUCUUGGAAGCCUCCUUCAUUUGAAUGUUGCAAAGAUGAGGGACCUGGCCACUUAAAAUUAUUUACUUACAAGGUUUUAGUAGAGAUAGAAGAAGCUUCUGAUAUGGUUUUGGAAUGCUUUAGUGGAGAACAUCCCAAGAAGAAAGCAGCAGCUGAACAUGCUGCAGAAGGGGCUCUGUGGUUCUUGAAAAAACAGGGGUAUUUAUGAAGAAAAAAAAACUUUCCAAUAAUUUAACAUAAUUUUUUUUUUCUCACUAGAUAUUGGAGGGCAUCCUUCUCAGUGAAAAUUAUAUAUGUACUUGAGUAAUCACAAAAGUCCUUGAUUGAAACUGAGAUCAACCUGAAGUUGUUCUAUGUACUCUACCCCCGUUGUAUAUAGUAUAUUUUUAUUACAUUUUUCCAUUGAAGGUGGUUUUGAAAAAUCACAUUCUAAUUGGAAGUAGAUGUAACCAGUGGUAACUACUAGGAAAAUUGCUUUUUUUUGGAAAGUUUUGGCCUUAUAAAAACUUUCAGAAUAACAUAUAAAGUAGGGGUGGGCAUCCGAUCCAAUUUAAUAGGAAAAUUUAUAUGGUAUACUAA